AUGUCUAACACUGAGCAGACCUUUAUUGCCAUCAAGCCCGACGGUGUCCAGCGAGGACUCAUCUCUCCUAUCCUCCACCGAUUCGAGCAGCGAGGUUUCAAGCUUGUCGCCAUCAAGCUGACCAACCCCGACGAGAAGCUCCUCCGAGAGCACUACGAGGACCUCCAGGAGAAGCCCUUCUUCCCCUCUCUGCUCAAGUACAUGCAGUCUGGCCCCGUUCUUGCCACCGUCUGGGAGGGUAAGGAUGUUGUCAAGCAGGGCCGAAACAUCCUCGGUGCUACCAACCCCCUCCAGUCCGCCCCCGGUACCAUCCGAUUCGACUACGCCAUCGACAUUGGCCGAAACGUCUGCCAUGGUUCCGACUCUGUUGAGUCUGCCAAGAAGGAGAUCGGCAUCUGGUUCAAGCCCGAGGAGCUCGCCUCUUACACCCCUGCCAACAUUGGCUGGAUCUACGAGUAA